AUGUACCUCUCAUCCAUUCUGCUGUUCAGCAGUCUGUACAUCCUCAGGGCCAAUGCCUAUUUUGGCGUGCUGGGAGCAUCUGCGAUAACCAACACGGGCCCAACUACCAUCAAUGGCGAUGUUGGCAUUUACCCUGGAACAUCCAUCACAGGACUUACGGCGGUUAUGGUCAACGGCGUUAUACACAACGAUGACGCCGUCGCCAUGCAGGGCCAAGCCGACGCAAGUACAGAGUACACGAUGCUUGCCGGCCUUGCCUCAACCGCGACUCUUACAGGCCAAGAUCUCGGUGGCCUAACCCUUGUAGGUGGGACAUAUACCUUCGCAACCUCCGCCCAACUCACUGGAACAUUGACCCUCGAUGGCGGCGGCACAACAACCAGCGUCUUCGUCUUCCAGAUCGGCUCGACACUUACCACCGCAACGGCCUCCAGCAUAGUUCUCACCAACGGCGCACAAGCAUGCAAUGUCUUCUUCCAAGUCGGCUCCUCUGCUACCCUAGGUACCACCACAGCAUUCCAGGGAAACAUCUUUGCACAAACCAGUAUCACGUUAGGGACCGGUGCCACGGACAGCGGAGGCCUGUUUGCCCUUACCGGAGCCGUUACUCUCGAUACUAACACCAUCAACACAUCAAACUGUGCGGUUAUUUCGUCGCCUACUACUACUUCCAGCGGUGCUACGGGAUUAUCUACCAUUCUUGCUUCCACGGUCUCGGGAGGCGGAGGCAAUGGUGGUGCAGGCACCACAACAGGCAGUGGAGCGACUACCUCGGGCGGCGGAGGCAAUGGUGGUGCAGGCGGCACAACAGGCAGUGGAGCAACUACCUCGGGCGGCGGAGGCGGUGGAGGUGCUGGAGGGACUGGGACUGGAACUCUUAACACGUUACUUACUGGUAAGACCUUUUCUAACAGCUCGAGCACGUCAAGCAGUGCUGCGGGAUUGUUUACCACCUCAAUAUCUGCCAAUGUAACUAUUCUUACGACUUUUACAGGUGUAACUACUCUGGCGAAUACUUCCACGACUAUUUCAGGCGGCACAGCAGGCAGUGGAGGUACUGGAAACGCCACCGCUACCUCAUCA